AUGGUUGAUUCAAUUUCGUCACAGUUGCCCAAUAGGACAACUUACAACUUACCCAAACCCAAACCAGCAUAUUAUCCACAUCCGGGAUCACCAUUGUACGCAGACAAGGCCUUCUACGACUCCAUAGCCAAAGCUCCUAAAACUCUAAUCAACAAGGUUCGAUGUGAGCCACGCACAGGAAUGGCCAUCAAAAUACCGGCAAAAUCAAUCUUUAGAAUAACAACCCCCGAUGGACCACAAGUUUGUGAUUUAAAUAUUUGGAAUGCCGACAAUUCUAAAGAAAGAUUUUGGGCUGCUCGUACUAGACAAUUGCACUCGGCCCAUGUUUCAACAUAUGAUCGAUUAUGGUCAAAUUUACCCUACUUACGCCCCUUGGUCACAAUCACUGGUGACACCAUGUCUUCAAGACAUGAUGAGUGGGGAGGUCGGGUUCACGAUACAUUAGGUACCCGAUGUGACCCAUACGUUGAUAAAUUGAUAAGUGGUGAAGAUAAUGAUAAUCAUUGCCAUUCCAAUUUGUAUCGAGCUAUAAAACCAUUUGGAUUAACUGAAUUUGAUGUUCAUGAUGUCCUAAAUGUAUUCCAAGUUACUGGGUUGAACGAAUAUGAUCAGUAUUUCAUGGAAGCUUGUCCGGCCAAUGCACAAGAUUAUUUUGAAUUGUUUGCUGAAUUGGAUUUACUUGUUGCGAUUAGCGCUUGUCCUGGUGGUGAUUUAUCACAAUGGGGAUGGGGUGAACAUCAAGAUGAUCUAACUGAUCUGAAAAUGGUAGAUUGUUGUCGUGCUCUUGAAAUUGAAGUUUAUAAGUUGGAUGAUGAAGAAGGGGUUUUACAAGGUUGGAAAUCGCCUCAAGCUGUCAAUUAUACUGGUAAUCAUGGAUUGGAGAAGUAA